CGCCAGGCCACGCCCCUUCGUGACAUCACGAGCGGUUAGCGCGCUUCUACACUUGGCGCUCACGAUUUAAAAUUUAACUCCGGAGAAGUGGAGAGCAAGAUGAGAACUCCGCGCCCAGAAACAAUGACUAACUCUUCUCUGAAGACCCAUGGACACAAGCGCAGCAUCUCCUCACCUUUGGAACGUGCGUCCUCGGUGUCCGUGCCCGGGAAGGCCCCUCUCGGUACUCCUAAAACCCCAGUACUUGAAGACUUUCCUCAGAAUGAUGAUGAAAACGAGCGCAUGCAGCGACGACGCUCCAGGGUCCUUGACCUGCAGUUUAGUGCAGACCCCACGCAUCUGCUAGCCUCUCCUAACAGGAAUAUUGAUGUUUCAACUACCAUAUCUAAGUUUACAAACACACAGAUUACAGAACAUUACUCAACUUGCAUCAAGCUUUCUACUGAAAAUAAAAUCACUACUAAGAAUGCUUUUGGCUUGCAUUUGAUUGAUUUCAUGUCAGAAAUUCUGAAGCAGAAGGACACAGAGCCAACCAACUUUAAAGUGGCUGCUGGCACCUUAGAUGCCAGCACCAAGAUCUAUGCCGUGCGUGUGGAUGCUGUUCAUGCUGAUGUGUACAGAGUUCUUGGGGGACUGGGCAAAGACACACCAGCUCAAGAAGAAGCAGAGAGCCUCGGUGCAGAUGCAAAUGCUGCUGAGACAGGAACAACGAAAAAGGCUGCGAAGCCGAAGAAGAAGACGUCCUGCAAAACCAUCGAGCAGAAUCUGAGCAACAUCAAUGCCUCCGAAGCAGACAGAAAGUGUGCGGUGGAUCCUAUGUUUCAGAAGACUGCAGCCUCAUUUGAUGAGUGCAGCACUGCUGGGGUAUUUCUCUCCACUCUUCACUGCCAAGACUAUAGGAGCGAGCUGCUUUUUCCUUCUGAUAUGCAGCCUCUCUCCUCUGGAGAGCCUCUUGAAUUGCCAGAUUUAGGUUGCGUAGACAUGACGGAUUUAAAAGCUCCCUUGCAGCAGUGUGUGGAAGACCGCCAGCUCUGCCCUUCCCUGGCUGGGUUCCAGUUCACUAAAUGGGACAGUGAAACACAUAAUGAGUCUGUGUCGGCCCUGGUGGACAAGUUUAAGAAGAACGAACAAGUAUUUGACAUCAACGCUGAGGUUGAAGACAGCGAUGAUGGGGACAUCGCUGAUGGGCCCCCCGUGGAAGACUUUGAUGACAAUGAUGAGCCAGACCCUUGUGCAGCUGGGGAUCAUGAAGAGUUCCGGAGCUGGAAGGAGCUGCGCCAGGUCCAAAGCAGCCAGGAAGAAAUUAUUUCUCUUGGGGACAGAGACAUCAAAACCAUGUGCUCGUUUUUGUCCACGAAACCUGGAGAAUACUCCUAUUUCAGUCCCCGGACCAUGAAGAUGUGGGCUGGCCCGGAUCACUGGCGCUUUCGGCCUCGGCCCAAGCAAGAGACUACCCAGGUGGAGAACAGAAAGAAGAGUGCAAAGAAACCUUUUGAAAUUAAUUUUGAUGAUGAUAUUGAUUUUGAUGCAUAUUUUCAGAAAACAAAGGCUGCUACCAUUCUGUCCAAGGUCACUUUGGAGAACCAGAAUUGGAAAGCCACUACUCUUCCCACAGAUUUCCACUAUGAAAUUGAUACUCUGGUCCAGCUUUACCUCAAACCAGGCCUAAGGUUACUUAAGAUGGGCCAGGAACAGAAGGCAAAGACUGAGCACUAUGAGGAUGUUGAAGACUAUGAUUACAACAACCCUAAUGACACUUCCAACUUCUGCCCUGGGCUUCAGGCAGCUGACAGUGAUUAUGAGGAGUCAGAUGACUUAUUAGCGGGACCACUUGGGACUCUUGACCUCGAGGCUGAUCCUUGCCAUACACCGAAGAUGGCACAGGAGGACGGCCGCAGAUUUCCUGAAAGCCAAGGAGCAGAUAUCACAACUUAUGGAGAGUUGAACUUGGUGGCUGAGCCUCAGAAGGUGAAUAAAAUAGAAAUCCAUUAUGCCAAGACUGCCAAAAAGAUGGACAUGAAGAAGCUGAAACAGAACAUGUGGAAUCUGCUGACAGAGUUUUCUAGAAAGGAUGUUGUCACAGAGGCAAACCACAGUGACAGUGGAAACGAAGGUGCUGCCGAGGAAGUGGCUGAUGAGAGGAAACUCAGUGGGCUCACAAAGGACCUACAGAAGAGGUUGCCCCCACUCAUGGCUCAGAAUCUCUCCAUACCCCUGGCUUUUGCGUGUCUCCUGCAUUUAGCCAAUGAAAAGAACCUGAAGCUAGAAGGCACAGAGGAUCUUUCUGAUGUUCUUGUGAUGCAAGGAAACUGAGUCCGCUGAGACAUCUGCAGGAGGCCCACUGCUUUCUGGUGGCGACGGAGAGGGGCUGGGUGGCUAUGGCCACCUACCACGGUGCUGUUGCUCUCCCCUCUUGCCACCUCGGUCUGGAUGCCACACUCAGAAGCCCCAUGCUGACGCAAGUUUUCACGUGGGAAACCAUCCACCUUGGAGAGGGAGCUUACUAGUCUGGAGUCGAAAGAGUCUGUUCGUUAUAUCCGUGUGCUUCUGGUCACUAAAAGAAUCUACUUUCUGCUCUGUAUUGCUAUAGAGGACAGUUUCUCAGUAGGCUCUUACUGCCUGUAAGGAAUUCCCUGAUCCAUGUACAUAAAAUUCAUCAACUGUAAACAUAUAAAUGUAUAUAAUACUCAGUAAUAAAACUAUCCUGGCACAGUCGUCUGAGUGCAGAAUCAGCACCUGGUUAUCCCCUCAGCUGUCCUUCAAGGCUGGGGAUCCACAUGAGCAAGAGGAGGGGACUGGCUGUUGGGGAUCAGGUCUGUGUAUAAGCACUAUGGAUUCUGUGGAUGGGGUGGCAGCACAGAUCAUAGACAUGUUCUUGCCCUUCUGUGCACGACUCCAUCCAGCCCAGGCCCCACUGUUAGGAGCACACCAAGUUAGCAGAGCGACAGGACACAGAAGGGGAAUGGUUG